AUGGAAUGGAACAUAGAAACAUUAUUCCAUUCAUUGAUAGAACAACAUAGAGAUGAUGAGGCAAGAGAGUUGAUAGAACCAUUGCUCAAACAGUCACCUAUAUCUCUAGCUGUCAUACCAUCUAUACUCCGACUACUCGUUGAGAAGGAUUCAAAAUCAUAUCAAGAUAAUAUAAGAAAGGACUUUUAUCAACUAGCUACAAUGUUACAGAAAUAUAGUACUAUAAAAGAUGGUCCAUACCAAUUAUUAUUCUCAUUAUUCUCUUGUGAUAUAUACUAUAGAAUCGUAUGUCUAUGUUUAGUUAAAUUGGAUGAAGAAAAAUUUCCUUUAUUGUUUAUUUACUCUGGUUUACUUUGUUUUAUGAGAUGGGAGUCAAUGGUAAAGAGAUGGAACAAUGGAGAUAUUUAUGAUUAUAGACGUAUCUAUAAUUCACAACAAAGAGACAUACACAAGAACGCCAACGCUCGUAAAUACGAUUUAAUCACUGGCUUUUUUGAUCAUCUUUCAUUUGAUCAAGAUUCUGUUAAAGAAGAAAAAGGAGUUAUAUUUCUACCUACACUCAACCAAGAUGAUGAUGAUGAUGAUGAUGAUGAUGACAAUGAUCAUUUACAAGACUCUUCUGACGAUGAAGAGUUGAAUAUUAGCAAAGAUGAUGAUAAAGAAGAAGAUGACGAAAUAUUCGAUGGUGAAGAAGAAGAAGAUGAAGAGGAGGAUUAUCAACCACACAAAAGCAUGAAGCUGACAUUGGUACCAUUUGGAACACCUUUACAGGUAUCUCCAACCAUUUCAAGUGCAUUGGUUGUAGUUCCGGAAGGAGGGGCACCAAUACCAUUGGUAACCAAGACAUCACCACCUGCAACACCACCAUUUCGACCAAUGUCAACCAAUAGCAACUAUAAUUAUAAUGCCGCUGCCAUCCCUCCAAUUAAAACUCCACCUUUAUCAUCACCACCAACAACACCAUCAUUGACUGGAGUAAACAAAAAUUAUGGUUCUUCAUCAUCAUCAACAGUGUCGGCAGCUGCCACCCCCACAACUACAUCACCAUCAGUGACAAGUACAAACAAGAACUAUCCAUCACAAAAAGCUACAGGCGUAUCUGCUGCACCAAAAAAACCAGCCCCAAUUAUUCCAUACGUCAAACCAACUUGCUACAGUGAAAUGAUAAAAUCAAAACAACCAAAGGAAAAUGACAAAUCAACCAAUAUUAAAGUUAAAUUGCAAGACAAUGAAAAAGACAAAAAAAAGAGAAAGAGAGAUAAUAAUAAUAAUAUUAAGAAAUCAGAAAAAGUUAAAUCAACAACUCCAAAACAAGUCAAAACACAUCAUCCCAAAGUAGUUUAUCCGACUGGACAAUCACCAAUCGAAUAUUAUUCAAAGGCCUAUCUCCGUUUAACAAAAGGAUUACAAAAUAAUCCAUCAAUGGAUUUUUUAGUUUUACCAUUAGUAAAGCUUGCAAUGUAUAGAAAUAGAUUAACAACUGUAGAUAAAAUAUUAAGAUUUUUUUUAAAAAAUAAUCCAACCAAUGCAAACUCUUAUUUAUUAUAUGGAACAUUUUUAAGAGAACAUUUUUUAAAAUCAAGGAAAACAGAUCUUAUUGAAUGUGCAAUACAAUUAAUGAAAUUAGAUCCAUUGUCAAACUAUGGAUUUAGUUUGAUUUGCGAAUAUUUUAUAAAGGGACCAGUUGGUUUAAAUCUAUUUGUAGAAUCGUUUAGUUCUAGGUUAUGCUAUGUCCCAUAUGAUCCAGUCCUAUGGCGUACGAUUAAAAAUUCUCUAACAAAGAGAUAUAAAAAAGGAACUAUUAAAGACGUUCUAACACUAGAGAAUAAGGAAAGAAUUUUAAAUAUAUAUGAUAUUGUAACUGAUAGUUUAAUAUCAUCUGAAGACCUUUUAGUUGACAAAAUCAUUACAUUGACAAAGAUAUUACCAAACCCUGGCUACUUGACAGAGAUUCUCAAAUUAAAGACAAAUCACCAAAGAGCUUUUAAAUCAAGGCUUACCAUGGAAUGCACAAAGUACAACAUUAAUUUGUUUACAAUUCUAAAAAUAGAAGAAAACUAA